AGGCAUAGCACACAUGUCUGUGGAGCUGUUGAGGCUUGGUUAACACUGCUGUAACAAAUCAAUAAAGUUACAUCUAAUAUCUAGCCUAAACGUGGGUAUAGCUUUUUGUUGGAAAAUGACUCAAAUUUGAAAAACCUGAUUCUAGGAGUCUCCGAUUACUCUGCGUGGCAUUUUGCAAAAUGCCAUUCCUUCAUGUUGUUUGAUAACUUCAGCUGUGGAUGAUUUCACCAUCGCUCCCCUACUACUAGGGCAUGAUGUUAUCUGGGGUUACCCUAGCUGUUGAUGAGCAGUCCUAGACUCUGCUGGCAGAGCAGCAGGCUCUGACGUGCCCAGUGCACUACCCCCUCUCAGCUUCACAGGGAAGCUGCUGCUCUCCCAGAUCAGACAGACCAAAGUAAAGGAUUACCCAUUAGCCCAGGAUCUCAGCCUCCCCGGCCGUGCAGAAGUGUUAGAGAGGGGCGUCCGUGUGGCUGCUCAGGGUCGUGGGUAGCUGUUGACGGACGAGCAGCGUGCAGUCGGUGUGAAGCGAGGCCUCGUGGUCCCGGCACCCGCCUGAGUUCAGGUGGACUCUGAGCUCGUGCGGCCAUGCCUGGCUGGUUCUCUCAAGUUUCCAUUGAAUGGUAACAAAAGAGGCAGCGAGAGUGGGAGCAUGUGUGAGGAGGGCCCUGGAUCCCCUGGCAGCACGAGCUGAGAGACAUGUGCUCUGCACUUCAGGAGUAUCCUUAGUGACUCAGACAAACUACAGCCCAGCAACUAAGAUCACUCUAGGAGCAGUCAACGCCAAUGUGGGGUCUCAAAUGAUCCUCAGCACGCCACAGAGAGUUCCGCACGCAGGUAGCAUCAUCAUAAGCAGCCCGUUCACUCACGCUCCCAGCAUGGUGGCCCCGGGACGCCCGCAGGACCAUAACGAGUGGACCCCGGGGGCCAAGAAACGCACACACGAGUACCUGGACCCAUAUUUCUCAGACCGGGACGGGCUCUUCUCAGGAGACUCCUCAGCCAGCAAGAGGAUGAGGAAGGGAGACAAGAACGGCAAGGGCCUGAGGCACUUCUCCAUGAAGGUGUGCGAGAAGGUGCAGAAGAAGGGAACCACGUCCUACAACGAGGUGGCAGACGAGCUGGUGGCUGAGUUCACCAGCGCCGGCAGCGUGAUGCCCACCGACUCGCAAGUGUACGACCAGAAGAACAUCCGGCGACGUGUGUACGACGCCCUGAACGUGCUGAUGGCCAUGAACAUCAUCUCCAAGGAGAAGAAGGAGAUUCGCUGGAUCGGCCUGCCCACCAACUCUGCCCAGGAGUGCCAGACCCUGGAGGUGGAGAAACAGAAACGCUUGGAGAGAAUCCGUCAGAAGAAAGUCCAGCUGGAGGAACUCAUCCUACAGCAAAUAGCCUUUAAAAACCUGGUUCAGAGGAACAAAGCGUGCGAGGCGGCUAGCCAGGCCCCGCCCCCUUCUGGCUCUGUCAUUCAGCUGCCUUUCAUCAUCCUCAACACAGACGUCCACACAGUCAUAGACUGCUCCAUCUCCAGCGACAAGUGCGAAUACCUCUUCAACUUUGACAACACAUUCGAGAUCCAUGACGACAUCGAGAUUCUGAAGCGCAUGGGCAUGUCUCUGGGUUUGGAGAGUGGGAAGUGUACGCCAGAGGGGUUCAGAGUAGCCAAAUCUCUCGUGCCAAAGUCUUUGGAGUCCUACGUCGCAGGCAUGAGCAGGGGCAGUCAGCUCUCUGUGACAGGCAGCCUGGACUCCUCCUCUCUGAACGGCAGGAGGAGCCACAGCAGCACCGGCCGCUCCUUCACCUCAGAGCCCCGUGGUCAGACCCCCAGCUCCUUCAACGAGGAGGAGGAGGAAGAGGAGGAAGAUGACGACGAUGACGAGCCCUCCUCCCCAGAAUGAUGGAAAGUCCAUAGUAAUGCCCUCCUCCAUGCCUCUCCACGGCCUCCCAUUUCCCUCUCCUAACACAAGAAGAAGAAGGUGGAGGAGGUGGUAUAAUACAGGAAAUAAGCUGCCAUUCAGGUCUAUAAUAAGAUAUUUUAGAAGCAUUUAUCUCUUUCCCAUGACCUUCCUUGUAGUUGUUUUGUAAAUACUGCUCCUGUGAUUACCCCUGCAGCGAAAAAAUAAGGUUGUGUGCCAUUUUCUGCCCAGGGUGAAAAGAAGUUACAGACUAGUUCUCAGAGCAAUUCUGUUAAGAUUUGAGUGCUAUGUUUUUGUAGGUGCUUUCGACUAAACGAGCUGAGAGUUGUGUUGUUCCUAUGCAUCUAAACAUGCCGUAGUGGGUGUUUCUUAGCUUGAAACAUCACAGACUCAGUGCUUUAUCUCAUGAACAGAAUGUCCUUGGGAUUAUUGAAGAUGUCAUAUUUAUUUCCCUCUGACAUUGAAAGGUGAAACCAUAUAUGAGUAGUACAUGUGUUGGUGUAUGCUAGUGUUUUUCUUUAUGUUCGUUUAUGGCAAAGUUGAUCUAAAUUGAUGCCAGCUGAUGCCACUCUAAGUUUCCAUGAAAGUAAAAAAUCUUAAUUUAAAAUGUUUAGAUCAUAACAGAAGGGGAUUUAUAGACUUCUUUGACACAAAAACAUUUUGUAAAAUCAUAUUUUUUAAUGUUACUUAGGAUAUUUUGCAUAUUUCACAGUUUACUUCUUUGCUAAUGCUGCAGCUGUUUGAAAGAUUUUCCAGCAACCUUUAACGCAGAUAGGCAUUCUGCAUUGUUACGAGGAGGAUAAGGAAUGUUUUUUUUUUUUUGGUGUGUAUGUGAGAACCCCUUAGUCUAUCUCUUCUGGAUGCCUUUUUAACAUAAUCCCAAAGCCAAACAAUGCCCUCUGAGACCCAAAGUAUGUUUAGUCUAAAUUACUUUUGAGCUCAGAUCUCUUUAGGACCUUAUUGGACAUUCCACCUAGGAAGAUUUGUACUCUGUGUGGAGGGCUCAGCAGGUAUAACUGUCUGUAAAUAUACAUAAAUAAACAUAUAAUUUUGGUUACAGAAA